GGGCGGCAAUCGAAAGAGCAAGAGCGGGAGGAGUGGGAGGCAAGCGCGAGAGGGGGGGUUCGAUCGUCGGAUCUCGGCUGCCGCCGGCGAGGUCGAGGAGCUGAAUUGGGGGAGGCAUGAUGGCUGAAAUUUCAGCAAUCGAUUUGAUAAUUUUCUUUUUCAGCAAUCGAUUUGAUAAUUUUCUCUUAAUUAACUGAAAAUUUAAUCUCCGGCAUGUGUUGAUUCCCAGCUUGAAUAACCCUAGCGAGGAGUAUGGUGAGGGAGCUUAGAGUGGAAUCUUUCUAUUCUCUUCUCCGAGAUGCCGCAUCGGCAUCGUCUUCCUCUCCUCUACUAAUCUUUCCAUCAGCAUCCGAUGUAGAUUCUCUCUGCACCCUUAAGAUUAUAACCCACAUCCUCUCAUCUGAUUCUCUCCGGUACUCUGUGUACCCUGUAUCCUCAUUCAACGAUAUUGAAAAGUUUCCUGGUCUCAAUCUUCAUAGUUCUCGUGAGAGGGUUUCUUUGCUUCUAAUAAACUGGGGUUGUCAUCGUGACCUCCACCGGCUGCUAAACCUGAGUUCAGAAGUACGUGUCUUUGUAAUUGAUAGUCACCGUCCAAUUCAUCUACACAACCUUAGCAAACAGAAUGAUCAGAUUAUUGUCCUUUAUACUGAAGAGGAUGAGCACCACGCUGAUUUGAUUUAUGAUUUUGAUGUGUCGGCUCUGGCUAAUGCGUCCGAUCUGAAUAGUGACGAUGAGAUUGGCGAGAGCAGUGAUAGUGAUGAUGACAGUGAAAACGAGGAGGAUGAGAGGAAUUUGAAGCGCCGUAGGCUUUCUGAAGAGUCUGUGUCUGAUCCGAUUAAGCUCUAUGGGAAACUGAAGGCUGAGUAUUACAAGUUGGGAACUUUUCAUGGAAAGCCUUCUGGUUGUUUGAUGUUUGACCUUGCUCAUUCCCUGAGAAAGAACACUAACGAGCUGCUCUGGUUAGCUUGUGUCUCCCUUGUCGAUCAGUUUGUACAUGAAAGGCUAACAAAUGAAAGGUAUCAAGCUGGGGUUAUGGAACUUGAGCAGUAUAUUAACAUGUCUGGAAGUCUGGAAUCUGUCACCACUGUGACACUAAAAGAUGGCACGCGGAUUCAAGCACCAGAGAAUUCUCGGAUUUUAUAUGAAGAUGAGCCACGGCUUAUGCUUCUAAGGGAGUGGAAUUUGUUUGAUUCAAUGAUUUGUUCUUCUUACAUUGCAACCAAAUUAAAGACUUGGAGUGAUAACGGUCUGAAGAAACUCAAGCUUCUACUCGCCAGAAUGGGCUUUCCUCUUGUAGACUGCCAGAAGAAAUUCCAGUACAUGAGCAUGGAAGUCAAGAGGAGGAUGAAAAACGAGUUUGAUCAGUUUUUACCUGAAUAUGGAUUGACAGAGUUCUAUUAUCGCAGUUUCUUUAGACUCCAUGGGUAUUGCUCUAAGUUGUCUGCGGCUGAUGUAGUUUAUGGAGUUACUGCACUGCUUGAAUCAUUGGUAGGAACCAAAAAGGACACAUCGAUUGGUGAGAAAUUUUGGGUCGCUUACUCAGCACUCUCCUUGAACAAUCUCGAGCAACUCAGGAAGGGAAUGCAAAAUGCUAUUGAGAUACAGAGGGCUAUUCUCAGACAGGGUAGCUCUGCAAUGACAAAGAGUGGAUUUAUUCGAAGUGGCAGAAGAUUUCGUUGGAUAAAGCUUGAAGACCCCGUGGAUACUGAGAAAUUACAUUAUCCACAGGCUCUUACCAAAUUGUGCUACUUUCUGAUGGAUGCUUUAAAGGAAAGAGGUGCAAAGGUGAAGCCUUUGAUUUGUGCCUGUUUGGCAAAAGAGCCUGGCAAGGUCUUGAUAGUUGGGGUUUGCAAUAAACCCAGGCUUGGGGCCAUUCAAGGUAACUCAUUUGGAAUAGCAUUUAGAACUGCUGCUGAGGAAAUUGAUGCCGAGUAUUUUCAUGAGUUGUUUGAAUCUUCUUGGAUACUUUUAGAUACUGUGGCCGUCAGUUCUUUUAUGAUAAGAUUGGCUGGGAAACUUUGAUAUAUUGACGUACUCCAAGCCUUGUUGUAGAAGGUAGUCAACCAUCCUAAGUUGUUCUAUUGCUUGGAUGAGGUAUUGCAAUGAACUUAAUUUCUAAAAUAAAAAGAAAUGCAUGACCACAUGCAACCUUUUUUCUUA